AUGAGCAUGAGAUUCCCGAACUCCAUCCCAUCUCCCAUUCGCUUGGUCCUCUUCGAUGCAUUCGACACGCUCAUCACUCCCCAAUCCGCCCCACAUCUUCAAUACGCCUCUGUAGCCCGCGCCCACGGUCUCGCCGUCAUCGAUGCCGAUGUCAAAUCCGCUUUCAAACAAGCCUUCCGUACAACUUCCCAGGAGCAUCCGAAUUAUGGACUCGAAACCAACAUCGCUGACCCCGACGAUUGGUGGAGGGUUGUAGUCAAACGCACCUUCCACCCCAGUCUACAUUCCAAAGUUACAACGAACCAGUACGAGCAGAACAUCAUACGGCUAUCAGAGAGCCUGGUUAGGCGGUUUGGCACUAGGGAAGCAUAUCAUUUGUUUCCAGACGUUGUUCCCACGCUCCACAAACUCACCCAGAUCAAGAACAGUAAAGGUGAAACGGUAAAGGUGGGGUUGGCAACGAAUAGUGAUUCGAGGAUCUCGUUAGUACUGAAGAUGUUCCACUUGAAACGGUUUAUGGAGCUAGAUAUGAAUCCCUUGCCAUCGUUGGGAAGACCGAGACCAGGUCCGACACUUUCGUACUUUGAGAAAUGCUCUAAGCCAAAUCCACGUUUUUUCCACGCUGCCGUACGUCGAGCUUCGGCCACCAUUUCAACUGAUGAAGGAGCACAGUUGAGGCCAGAGCAUGUCCUCUACGUGGGUGAUCAGCUGUACGAAGAUUUCUGGGGGGCAACCGAUGCUGGUCUACAAGCGGCUUGGCUACAGAGGGAUAGUGGGAAAGAAAGCAACCAACCGUGGCAAAAGAUCAGUGGAGAACGCAACAGCGAGCAAGAGUUGGCUUUUGUACGAGAAAGAACUAUCACAACCCUGGAGGAUGUUGUUGAGAUCGUCACUCAGAGUCAGCAAGAGGGAGAAGAAUAA